GCCGAGCUGGACCGCUUUGAUGACCGUGAGGCACUGAUCUUCCGUGAGAACACGCUGGCCACCAAGGCCAUCGACGAGUACAUGAAACUGGUGGGGGGCAAGUACCUCCAGGACACACUGGGAGAGGCCGUGGCCCAGCUCUGCGCCUCGGACGACAGCUGCGAGGUGGAUCCCAGCAAAUGCGCCGGCCUUGACCUCUCCGACAACCAGAACAACCUGCGGCAGGUCUGCGAGGAGACCUUCCAAUGCAUCGCCGCGUCCUGCGACGCCUUCCCGGCAGAGCUGGGCGAGAUCUUCGCGGCGUGGCAGGAGGAGUGCGCGGCGCGGGGCAAGGCGCCCAUCGGGCAGCGCCUGGUCUCAGCCUCCCUCUUCCUACGGUUCCUCUGCCCCGCCGUCAUGUCCCCCAGCCUCUUCGGCCUCGUCCAGGAGUACCCCAAUGAGGCGACCGCCCGUACCCUCACCCUCGUGGCCAAGGUCAUCCAGAACCUGGCCAACUUCACCACGUUUGGCGAGAAGGAGGCCUACAUGGGCUUCAUGAAUGAGUUCUUGGAGAACAACUGGAGCACCAUGACAGACUUCCUGCAGAGCGUGGCCAACCCCGAGAGCAGCAUCCACAUGGCCACCUACGACGGCUACAUGGACCUGGCUCUGGAGCUCGCCACUCUCCACCUCCUGCUCUGCGACAUCUUCUCCAGCCUGGACCAGGCCACGCAGGAGGAGCUGGAGCCCCUGCCCACCAUCCUCACCGCCAUCAAGGAGGGGACCCCUGUUCCUGUUUCCGUCCGUCUCAGCUCCACCACGGAGCGAAGCUCGGCAGAGAGCUUCAAACCAGGCUUCGUGCCACCCCGGGAACUGAGCAAGCACAGUCCCCUCAUCAAGAGCCAGUCCCUCAUCAGCAUCCGCCGCGCGCGGGGCCGGGAGGACGGGCCGGAACCGGAACCAUCACCGGCACUGGUACCAUCACCACCACCCAGCCGGGAUCGCCGCAACGUCCAACGCACCCAGAGCGUGCCGGCACAGAGCAAAGCCGCCCGGCGCCUGCGCAAGCAGGGCAGCACCGAGCACGUGGCGGAGCCACCAGUCGAGGAGAACCUGGAGUCCCUCGUCCCCCGUGACGUCCCGGGUCGCGGGAAGCUGCGCUCGUCGGUGUCGCUGCCGCGCAAAUCCACGGUGCCGUGGCAGCGCUACGCGGAGGAGGUGGCGGCGGCGCAGGGCGAGCUCUACACCAUCCGC